GGCAGUUGGAGACAGACAUCUAGUAAGUUAUGUUAGUUGUGUUGCGGCCUGCUAGGCGAAUAGUUAGUUUGAGGUUAUCUUGUUUACUAUUUAAAAUUUCAGAUUUAUCUCGUCUUUGAAUAUUAAUAACACACGGUUAUUUUAUUAAAUUAUUUGAAUGGUUUAGUGCGAGAUGACGUCCGUUUUAGGCAAGCCAGUUUUGUAUUCCUAUUGGAGAAGCUCUUGUGCUUGGAGAGUAAGAAUAGCAUUGAAUCUGAAAGAAAUCCCUUAUGAUAUUAAACCAGUUUCGCUGAUAAAGGCGGGAGGAGAACAACAUUCGAAUGAAUACAGGGAAAUAAAUCCAAUGGAACAAGUGCCAUCUUUACACAUUGAUGGAAGCACGCUCAUAGAAUCGUUGAAUAUUAUGCAAUAUUUGGAAGAAACCAGACCUCACAGGCCUCUAAUGCCAAACGAUUGCAUCAAAAGGGCAAAGGUGAGAGAAAUUUGCGAAGUAAUAGCAUCAGGAAUACAACCUCUUCAAAAUUUAACAGUCUUGAUUCACGUCGGAGAAGAAAAAAAAGACGAAUGGGCGAAACAUUGGAUAAAACGCGGUUUUAAAGCGGUAGAAAAAUUACUCGCUUCCAGUGCCGGAAAAUAUUGCGUUGGAGAUGAUAUAACAAUAGCGGAUUGUUGUCUGGUACCCCAAGUUUUUAAUGCUAGAAGAUUCCACGUCGACUUAAGACCUUAUCCCACUAUUUUGAGAAUCGAUAGGGAAUUAGAAAGUCAUCCCGCGAUUCGGGCAGCUCAUCCUAGCAAUCAACCAGAUUGCCCCCCAGAAGCUAUCAAAUAAUUGGAUAAAACGAACAAAUUACUAUUUAAAUAUUUGCCAAAAUUAUAUUAUGAAAUAAGUUUUCAUUCAAAUGUUUAUUAAAAAAAUACGCAAUAUAACUUCCAAAUUA